UUUUCCCUUUUAAACAACCCACCAAAGAGUGGCCUCUGUUCCUUCCUUCUUCCCCUUCAUCACAUCGAUCCACUGCUAGCUCAGCUCAUCAUGGCAACGACGACGCUCACGUCAACCACCAUCGCGUCGUCCCCGCGGCCGCCCGCCCCCUUCUGCGGCCGCUCCGGCUGGCAGCGCGCGCGCCGCCCGCCGUCCUCAUCUUCAUCCUCCGGUCAGGGCGGCUGCGCGCGGCCGCUGGACCGCGUGGCCGGGUGGGUCGGCGGCGGCAUCGCCGCGGCCUUCUUCGCCUCCCUGGAGCGGUGCUCGUGCGUCAACGUCCGCACCCACGACGACCUCGACGACGACGAGCAGCGGGACUCCGUGGCGCCGCUCAUGCUCGGCAACGACGGCAACGACGACGUCGACGAGGGCAGGGGGAGGAGCAGGAGGAGGUGCAGGGGAGGAAGCAGGAAGGGCAGGAGGAGUGGCGGCGGCGGCGGCGGCGUGGGUUGCCACGGUGAUCAAAUCUGAACGACCGAUCGAUCAACGCUAAUAAGAAUCUGUAGCUUCUUGAUGUUGAUUCUUAAGCCCUUGUAAGUUUGAUUAAUGGUGUAUGGAUGAUUGAUUAACUGAGCCCAACUACAUACUACCUUAUGUACGUAUAAGUGUAAUUAUAGGCUGUGAAAUGUUA